AUGGUGUUGAUCACAAGUGGUGUGGCGUCUUUUUAUGCUUUUGCCGCUUACCCUCUCCUUAGAGAUAAGCAUUACCUUCCUAUACAAGAUUCUAGACUGGAUGAGCUAGUGACCGAGCUUCCUCCUUUGAGAGUAAAGGACCUUCCGGUUAUGGAAACGAACGAGCCAGAGGAACUAUACCGGGCAGUUAACAACAUGGUGGAAGGAGCCAAGUCUUCUUCAGGAAUCAUAUGGAACACAUUCGAAGAUCUUGAAAGAACCACACUCAUGGAUUUUAGUCCCGAGUUUCAAGGUCUCAUAUUUCCUGUCGGACCGUUUCAUAAACAUAGCGAAAAUAUUCUUCUUACGACAAAGAACAAAGAAGACUAUGUAACAACUGAAUGGCUCGACAAGCAAGACCCGCAGACUGUGGCCUACGUGAGUUUUGGAAGCCUUGCAGAUAUAGAGGAGAAGGAGUUUCUCGAGAUUACUUGGGGUCUAAGAAACAGUCAACGGCCGUUCUUGUGGGUGGUUAGGCCGGGGAUGGUCCAAGGGACUGAGUGGCUCGAGUCAUUGCCUUGUGGUUUUGUGGAAGACAUUGGUCAUAGGGGAAAAAUUGUGAAAUGGGUGAAUCAGCUAGAAGUAUUAGCACAUCCUGCGGUUGGAGCUUUUUGGACGCAUUGUGGAUGGAACUCAACGCUAGAAAGCAUAUGUGAAGGUGUUCCAAUGAUAUGUACACCAUGUUUCACGGACCAGUGUGUGAAUGCGAGGUACAUUGUUGAUGUAUGGCAAGUUGGGAUGAUGUUGGAGAGAAAUAAGUUGGAUAAGAAGGAGAUUGAGAAGGUAUUAAGAAUAAAGGAAAUGGGAGAAGGAAUGAGAGAGAGUUGCUUGAACUGGAAAAAGAGAGCUAGUGUUUGCUUAAGUGAACAUGGAUCUUCUUCCAAGUACUUAGAAAAACUUGUAGGUCAUGUCCUGUCUUUUGAUUCAUAUGCUGAUGCAAGUUAAAUUUCUUACAAAGGAGCAACGGUUUUAUAGAACUUAUCAAACCAAUUAACUUUUGCAUUUCUGUUUAUUCUUACAAUAUUAUUGUUGGUUUAUUUUGUUAUAUAUAUGAAACUAUUAAGGAAUAAAAAUAAAUUGACUCAUUGGGUUUUAAAUUUUUUUGAAAUAAUACAAGCAGC